AUGGAGUAUCAGGAAUAUCCAAGUCGAUCAUGGCAUGCCUCAUCCAUUCAUCCUCAGUCAGAUGACUACUAUGACGAUAUUGACGCCUAUUCAUCCCCAACCCCAUUACCUCGUCAACCGAAAGGAGCAGGACACUCUGUUAUGGAAUUUGACCUGAGCGAAAGCUUGGGCGCGCGCGUCGAAGACAGCGACGGCACUGCCCGCUAUGAUUGCAAACUGGAUAUUAUGAUCGAUCAGUACCUAAACAAAGUACCUCCUCCGUUAACCAGGCAUCGUGUUCUCUAUCAAAAAGCCUGGCUUACGGCACUCGAUAACACAGCUGAUUGGUGCCGCGAUAUAUUCAAGUUUGGUGUAUUCAAUGCCAUGCAGUCACAGUGCUUUAAUACGGCGGUAAACACCGAAUCUAAUAUGGUUAUCAGCGCUCCUACUGGUGCCGGAAAAACUGUGCUAUUUGAGCUAUCCAUAAUUCGAUUGCUCCAAUCUCAAAGCAAUGUAACCCAAACUACCUACAAAUGCGUUUACAUGGCACCUACCAAGGCCAUCUGUUCGGAGCGUUCAAGAGAUUGGUCGGCCAAGUUUUCACACCUGGGAAUUAAGUGCUGCGAACUUACUGGAGACACCAUGAAGUCAGGAAGAAGUGCAUGGAAGGAGGCAAAGAAUUGCGCUAUAAUUAUUACGACGCCUGAAAAAUGGGAUUCACUCACCCGUAACUGGAAUGAUUCAAACGACUUUUUACAACUUAUCAAAGUGUUCAUGGUUGAUGAGGUGAGUGCUCCCCCCGUGAUUGUAUGCCCCGACUUGAGCACAGGAAUAGGUUCAUACUGUAGGGGAAAUCACAAGAGGAAGCUGCCUGGAGUCUCUGCCACCGUCCCCAACAUCGAAGAUCUCAAAGAUUGGUUGUCAUCGUGUUCGAGCGGAGAGCCAACUCGCAUGUUUAAAUUUGGAGAUGAAUACCGUCCUUGUCGGCUCCAACGGCACGUAUAUGGAUACUCACGGCCGACUGGACACAAUGAUUUCAUGAAAACACUCGACUAUAAACUAUUUCCGAUUAUUCAAGAACACAGCACCGGCAAACCGGUGCUCGUGUUUUGUCCUACUCGAAAAAGUGUUAUGGCCACGGCGAGCUAUCUGAUGGGAGUGUGUCAAAAGAUGGUGGAAAGUAAAGAAAAUCUUCCUUGGGAGCUUCCGCGCGGACAACAUAUUCUCCGAGCUACAACUUCAAGGCAAGUAAUCGCCACGACUCAAUGUCGAACUUUCGAUGAUGAUCUUCUUCGUCCAGAGUUCGCUGCAUUAGGACUGGGUGUCCAUCACGCUGGACUAAGCCUUGACGAGCGGCACACAGUUGAACGACUCUUCACCGAGCGAAAGCUGAGCGUUAUCGUAGCGACUUCCACACUGGCCGUUGGAGUUAAUUUUCCCGCACAUAUUGUAAUUGUUAAAGGAGUUUCCCAAUGGACAGGUACAGGGUGGGCUGAGUACAGUAGCCAAGAUAUUAUGCAAAUGUUAGGUAGAGCGGGCCGACCACAAUUCGACCGCGAAGGUAUCGCGAUCAUCAUGUGCGACAAAACGCUCGAAAAUAAGUAUAGACUUCUCGCCACGGGAGGAUCUGAGCUGGAGAGCACAUUGCAUUGCAACUUGACUGAACACAUCAACUCAGAGAUCGGCCUAGGCACGAUCAAGAGUAUUGGUUCUGCGCAACAAUGGCUCCGAAAGACUCUUCUGUUUCGACGCAUUCAGAAAAAUCCAACGCACUACAAGCUCGGCAUGCCUGAAACCGCUUCUUGGGAAGAAUGUGUAGAUGCACUGGUUAUCAGAUCGAUUGAUACGCUAAGGGGUACACAGUUGGUCGAACACGAUGAAGACGAAGGUACCCUUUCAUUGACUCAAUUCGGGGAGAUAAUGAGCUAUUAUAUUCGACAAUCUACGAUGAAGUUAUUCAUCGAGUUCGCGGAUAGUAGCAAUACCGCAUGCUUGCGCUCAGUUCUCGUUACUUUGUCUGACGCCGAAGAGUUCAAAGAUAUGCACAUGAGAGGGGGUGAGCGGCAGGCGAUCCUUGGAGGAAUCCCCUUAAUGUCCCCUGAAUACAAAAGUCCAAACUCUCAACCCCAUAUGGAGGCUCUCAAUGUGAUACGUCAUGCACCCCGAAUGAUUACCGCCCUGGUUGAUACGGCGCUCAUAACGAAGAACGGGUCAUUAAUAAUCAAUGGGAUGAACUGUGAGUUCAUCCCUCUACCACAUGGUACACCCGGCUACGAAUGGCUGAAUCGGAACAGAAUGAGAUGCCUCAACGGAAAAGUCUGGGAGGAUCGACCGGCGGUGCUCAAACAAUUCGAUGGAAUCGGGGAGAAGUCGUGUAAAGUGCUGGCAGAGAAUGGUAUUACAACUAUCAAGUUAUUAUCGGUCCAAAACCCUGACAGGAUUGAUAUGCUACUAAACCGGCGGCCGCCCUUUGGCUCGGACAUUGUUCUGAGUGCUCGUGCACUGCCGAUAUACUCGAUUUUCAUUGAAGAACUGUCAUCAACAGCGAACAAGAUAGCGAACACUAUUGAUGUCAAACUUUUGGUUUCUGUUUUAGCCCAAUACGCAUCGACGGAAGGAAGUCAGAGUCGGAGUGAUUUCGAUACCCGAGUAACAAGCAUUUUAACCAUAACUUCCGAUAAUCAGCUUAUAGAUUUCAGGCGAAUUAAUACCAGACGCUUGCUCGAAUCUAUUGACUUUUCAAUCACAGCUCCCUUGACAAAGCCAUCCCAAGAGGUGUUCGUCAUUGUUUCAUCCGACAAGUUUGCCGGGAUAACCGAACGGUGCAAUUUCAAGCCGACCCUCCCCGCAACCACCUAUCCAACCCUCAACACUCGGCCUCCUAAGCCUACCGAGACUGAAUAUAUUGAAGAGGAAGUUCUAGAUUUGACAAACUCAGAUACUCCCGAAGAAUCGACCUCGAGUAAGAAAAGCGGAGAAAAGCGAGUAAUAUCGCAAGGAAAAAAUCUGCAGCCCGAGUUACAAAAACCCGCCUUCCCAACGGAAAUUAUGCAUGCCACCACAGAUGUAAGGAUAAGACUUCAUGUCGGCAUAUAUGGUCUAACUAAGCCGCCUCCAAGCCCUAGAGGCGCUAAGCUAAAGUCCACUGGGGAUAAUGCAUUCAACAACCCCAUAGAUUCCCAACAGAAGCCUAAAAAUGCACUCGAAAAACAAAAAUCUCAGCUGGAUUACCUACAUGGUAAAAUAACUGAUGGGCUCGGCCGGCUCAAACGCGACUCGCUAGUGCAUCCUCGGGAUACCCAUUCUAGCACCAAAGCGACCGUCAGAUACGUGGAUUCCUUGCUCAGUAGUCCUAUUAAACCCUCUGCAUACAAGCCCGGAGAGAAAUCACCCAACUCAGACCAAGACCUUCCGGAACCAUCGCUUAUACGAAUUAAGAAACACAUCUCGCCAGGAUCUGGGAGCACUAAUUAUGACGACUCUGAUAUGGAUCAAUGGGCUGCAAACCUACCCUCUGAAGUAUUGGAACUAGACGUGGAAACCCCCACGUCACCCACUAGAGAAGAUCAAAAUGAUGGUCGAUUGCCUAUAGCUGUUUCUCCAAUUAUCAAAAAUAAGAAGCGACGGGUAAUAGAUAAGGGAAAUGAAUUAAGCGAACACAAAUCCAAGCGCUCCAAAGCAGAAUUUCCAGCUGGGGUGAAUACCCCUAUACGCAGGAGAAAGGGAGUCGAGAUCUUACCUACUCCCCGCUCGUCCUCUAGACCUCUUGAACCGCCUAUCCAGCCGAAGCCAUUGUUUCUGCCAGGUUCUUCUGUUGGGACACCAUCACCCCGAAUCUUCAAGGCUUCAGAGGGCAAGUCCAAGACCCCAACAAGUGAAGAUGCUUUUGAAGAUUUUAUGGAUUAUAUAUUCGAAGGAGUGAAGGUAGUCCCGGGAAGUACACGAGAAGAUACAAGCACCAUGGCCCGAAUCGAGAAUAUUCAAGUUCCUAAGUGCAAGCCAGUUGAGGUGUCAUUGGAACGCAAAUACUUUCAGGAAUCUCCCUCAAAGGUGGUACAGAAAUUAACCAGCAUGGUCUCAAGUGAAAACGAAACGCUCCUGGCAAACCCGCAUGACUCAAUGGCCGAUUUCAAUAACUGGCUCGACGAGAACGGACUGUGGCCUGGGGACGACGAUCAUGACCGAAGUAUGAAAUACUUCCGCAAGUAUGUCAAGCCUAUCCUUGUCGCAGCUGCCGUGGACUUCGAGCUAGUCAAUGGAAAUAGACACGGUGGUUUGGCUAGGAGUAUUGCUGACAAGAUAAAAUCCCGGCGUCGGGAAACUCUUCCCCCAGACCACCCCCUUCGGGGUGAUGAUCAAGCAUCCAUUGUACCUAUUCCUUCAGCAACGACACCGCAAAAACAACAAGAACGAGAGAUUCAAGGAGGUAUCCUGAUUGUCGGUCGACAUACACUCAAAGAAUAUUUCCAUGGACUCCGUCUCGGAUGGACAGAAGGACUUCGUGACAUUGAUCGAGAAGAGUUACUCGCACGCCAACUUGCGUCUGAUGGCGUAUUUGACGAACCAGAAGAUCUCAAUAACGAGACAUUCUCCUCCAUAUCUGGUCCCAAGUCACCCUUGUUUUCACAUGUCAUAUCACAACCUGCAAAAUCUUCUUCGAAGACAUCUGGACCUCAACGAAUAACUCAGUCCAAUGAGACCCCUGCAAUUCCCCAAGAGAUUCCCCCGCAGCCCCCUCUCUUGCUUCUGUCUUUUCAAAAUUUAAUCGGAUUCAGAUACAUUCCUCAUAUGAUCAUCGAUUUCUUCAAUGAACGCAGGCGGGCAAAAGAGGGUGCCGAGGCUGCAUACACCCUCAUUGAAGGUCAUACACGUGAUUUCAUUCCCCCAGAGCAUAGAGCCGAUCUAGAUUCUCUCUAUUCCCGCUCUGAUGCGGCAGAGCCAGAGGCGCUGUCAGUUUCAUUACCAAAACUUGGACCACAGGGCGGAGACAUUGACUUUGAUAUCGACCUGGAGCGCUACAUCCCAAAAAGUUACGAUAAAACACCUAAAGAAAUAGCCGACGCUCGGAAGAAGUACUAUGAUGCACUGCCUGGAAAGCUGGUUGUCGCAAGAUCGCUGGCGCGCGGGGAACGGGAGCCGACCAAGGAGGAACGUGAACACCCACCCCCCACUGAAGUGGAGCUCACAACUGAGCGAUUCAAAAAGGAGCUAAAGUGGAAGGAAGAACUCGAUGGUUGGAAGCUGCUGAGAGCUGGAAGUGGCGUAGACUGGGAUCAUCGAUUUGUGAACAAACUUCACGUUUACCAGCCACCAACGGAAACCAGUGCAUAG